CUGCCUCCUCCACCUGCCUCGUUUGCCCAACAAGAUCUCAUCUGUCCCUCCAGCUUUACCACUUCAUAAUAGCCUCUUGGAUUCUUUGUUUCAUCAAAGCUCUCCAUACGUUCUUGGUGCACGGGCCAGCCCUUUGUUUCGACGACAGCAACUCUUUUCCUCGACUGGUGACUGCUCUCGAUCCUUUCACUAUGGCACCAAAUGAAAUCUUCCAAUACUCCAUAGUAUCCGCGUUGAUGGAUGGCGUGGCUGACCAAGGCCUGCCAAUCUCGACCCUCCUCAGCCACGGCGACCAUGGCCUAGGCACGUUUCGGCACAUGGUGGGCGAGAUGAUCGUCCUAGACGGCGUGGCUUACCAGAUGAAGUCCGACGGCACCGUGGCGUCGGUCGACGUGAGCCCGGCGUCCAAGGUCGUGGCGCCUUUCGCCAUGGUCACGCAUUUCCAGCCAGAACAGACCACCGGCGCCGUACUAUCAGAUAAGGCCGAUCUCUUUGGCUUACUACAUUUUCUCCUCCCGGACGCCCAUAACAUUUAUCUUGCCAUACGCAUACAGGGCGUCUUCAAGAGCAUCACAGUCCGGACAGUGGGUGGACAGAGCAAGCCUCACGAAGGUCUCACCGAGGUCGGGGCCCACCAGACGUCCAAGACUUUCGAGGAGCCAGUUGAGGGAACGAUCAUCGGAUUUCGUUCACCCGCGUACAUGCAGAACGUGAGCGUGGCCGGCGACCACCUGCACUUCAUCAGUGCAGACAAGAAGCGGGGAGGCCAUCUCCUUGCUCUGGUUUCAGAUGGCGAAGUCAAGGUGGAGGUGGCGCCGGCGUACAAGUUCCAUCUUGAACUGCCGGCACAUGACCCGGAAUUCAACGAAGCUGAGCUGAAAGGUGAUGCUGCGGCUGUUGCCGCUGUGGAAGGAUAGAUUCUGGAUAUGUACCCUUAAAAUUCAGCUUUCCCAUAGCCCAGUUGAGGACUAUGCCAUGUUCCAUUCCCUGAUGCG